ACCAUCCGCACUCCCUUGGACAUGUCCACGGCUCUGAGGCGCCUGCUCAAGGAGCUGAUGGACAUCACCAACGACCCCCCGCCCAUGUGCUCCGCGGCGCCGGUGGACGACGACCUGUUCACAUGGAAGGGGACCAUCAUGGGCCCCGCGGAGAGCCCCUAUGAGGGGGGGGUGUUCUGCCUCAACAUACAGUUCCCGCGCAAUUACCCCUUCAGGCCUCCACAGAUUUACUUCACCACCCCGAUCUACCACCCCAAUAUCAACCGCAGAGGCUACAUCUGUCUGGAUAUUCUCAGGUCCCAGUGGUCCCCCAUAAUGACCAUAUCCAAAGUCUUGUUGUCCAUCAGCUCCAUGCUGUGUGACCCCAACCCCGAUGAUGCCUUUGUCCCCUCCAUUGCGAGAAUGUACUUAAGGGACAGGGACGCCUAUGUUACCAUGGCCCGAGCUUGGACCAAGAAGUAUGCCAUGUGAGUGACAGG